UAUAUAAUAAUAAUAAUAACAGAAAAGGAAAAGAAGCUCAAAGGAAAGGCCUCCAGUUAUCAGUAGCAUGGAGAGUUAGUUUUGCUCACAUCUUUUGUACCAGGCAGUCAAUAGAAAUGCAAGGAGGAUCAUCAGGCAUAGGAUAUGGUGUCAAAUAUCAGGCUAGAUGCAUAUCGGAUGUGAAAGCAGAUACGGACCAUACCAGCUUCCUCACUGGCACUCUCAGCCUUAGGGAAGAAAAUGAGGUGCAUUUGAUUCGGCUUUCUUCAGGUGGAAGUGAACUAAUAUGCGAAGGUUUGUUUUCGCAUCCUAAUGAGAUCUGGGACCUAUCCUCGUGUCCCUUUGAUCAACGCAUCUUCUCCACUGUCUUCUCUACUGGCGAAUCAUAUGGAGCAGCAGUGUGGCAGAUCCCUGAGUUGUAUGGCCAAUUAAAUUCUCCUCAAUUAGAAAAAAUUGCAUCACUUGAUGCACACUCUGGCAACAUUAAUUGUGUUUUAUGGUGGCCAUCUGGGAGAAACGAUAAGCUGGUCAGCAUUGAUGAGGAAAGUCUUUUCUUGUGGAAUUUAGAUUGUGCUAGAAAAGUGGCCCAGGUGCAAUCUAAGGAGUCAGCUGGCAUGUUGCAUUACUUAUCUGGAGGAGCCUGGGAUCCGCAUGAUGUGAAUGUUGUUGCAGCAACUUGUGAAUCCUCUAUCCAGUUUUGGGAUCUACGAACAAUGAAGAAGACAAAUUCAAUCGACUGUGCACAUGUCCGCAACAUCGAUUAUGACACCAAGAAGAAGCACAUCCUUGUGACUGCAGAGGACGAAUCUGGGAUACACAUAUGGGAUCUUAGAAUGCCAAAGGUUCCUGUAAAAGAGCUUCCUGGACAUGCACACUGGACGUGGGCUAUUGCAUGUAACCCUGAGUAUGAUGGCCUAAUUCUGAGUGGUGGCACAGAUUCAACAGUUAACUUGUGGUUUGCUUCUACUUCAACUGGAGAUGUGAUGUCAUCUGAAAGGAGCCUGGUCGAGUCACCUACUCAGCAAGUUGACCCAUUGCUUAAUACAUUCAGCGAUUAUGAAGACAGUGUUUAUGGCCUUUCUUGGAGUUCUCGCGAGCCUUGGAUUUUUGCAUCUUUAUCUUAUGAUGGAAGGGUAGUUGUGGAAUCAGUAAAGCCUUUCCUCUCCAGAAAAUGAUUUCAAUUUAAAUUGCCCGACAUGCAACCUCUUAUCGUUUCUCCACCGCCUAAUGCAAAGAAACUUUUAGAGGACCACAUUGGAGAACCAGAUGUGAGGAUUCGAAUUUGGCAAGAACCUACCCUGGCUUUAAGAAGGACAGUUAGUGUGUUAAUGUAACACGCUGUGCUAUUAUGUUUGCGCUAAGGCUGGUUGGUCGUUUGCCUUGUAUUUCAAGCUUCAUUCUCGCUUUGGUUGUGGGUGACAAAGGGAAGUUAGUUAGUUGGGAAGCACAUGCUAGGACCCUCUGUUGCAUCAUUGUGCAUUUAAAGUAAAUCUCGUUUGAACUGUAUAUUUUUCCAGAAAUAUAAAUCCUUCUAUACAAAUACCUGCCGAAAAUUUCUGUAUCCAUAUGAAUAUAGAGGUAUUUUUUCCUGUUAAUACGAUUAUUUGCUAAUACAAUUUCAAAGAA